GGGAACCGUUGUCGCGUCUCCGUGGGAGCGACGGCUUGUUUGGCCCGCGCGGCGGACGUGCAGGAGGCGCCGCGUGCGGGCUGACGGCUGUUCCCGGAGCUGGGGCGCGCGGAAGGCCGGGCUCGCGGCCCUGUUUUCCCCUCAUCCCGGGUUCGUCGCGAAGCCCAGGGAACCGGGGUGGCCCCCGGGGUGCGAACCCAGGGGCCUGACCCCGGUGGCAGCUCGGUCUCGUGGUCCGCUUCGCCCUCUGGGGACCGAACCUUUGCCUGAAAGGGAAGUAGGUAGAGGGUGGGUCUGGGCGAGGCCUGCGAACGGGCCAGGAACCUGGCGGAGGGUGGUGGAAGGUGGACAGAACCCCGGCCCGUCCUUGGAUCUGAAGGACACCAGGCUCCUCGCAGCCCUUCCUCGUGCUGCGCCCAGGUGGUUGGACCAGCCUGCCCUGAGGGUCCGUCUGCUAAUGAUGGUCAUUGUCUCCCUGAACAGGGAUGGAGGAAAUAACAUCCCAAGAAGCAGCAGAAUCACCAAGGGUCCAGUUUCAGUCUUUGGAGAGCCAGUCUGAAUGUCUUUCCCCAGAGCUUCGGUUUCUGCGGGACACAGAGAUGGAGCAGGGAUACACUGAUGCUCCACCUGUUCCCCAGGUGCCUGCCCUUCCCCAUGAGGGAAGCCCAGGAGACCAGGCAGCUGCGCUCCUGACAGCCAGGUACCAGGAGUUUGUGACAUUCGAGGAUGUGGCUGUGCAUCUUACUCGAGAGGAGUGGGGAUGCCUGGACCCUGUUCAGAGGGAGCUCUACAGAGAAGUGAUGUUAGAGAAUUAUGGAAACGUGGUUUCACUGGGAUUUCCAAUUUCCAAGCCUGAUGGAAUUUCUCAGCGGGAACAAGAUCUACAAGUCUUUGAUCUGGAAACUCAGAAUAGAGAAGGCGUAAGAAAUGACUGUUCAGAUGGAGAGACCAGAGAAGAAAACAAGCUGUUGAUUCCUAAGCGGAAAAUUUCAGAAGAAGUACAUUCAUACAAAGUGAGAGUAGGAAAAUUCAAACAAGAUAUUGCUCAAGUUCCUGAGACCAGAGAGGCUUAUAAGUCUGAGGACAGAUUAGAAAGGCUCCAGGAGAUUCUAAGAAAAUUUCUCUUUCUGGAGAGAGAGUUUAGACAAAUAACAAUCAGCAAGAAAACUUUCAGCAAUGAGAAGAACACUGAACCUGAAAAAAGCUUCAGUCUAGACUCCACACUUGAUACAGAUCAAAGAGUUCUUAGAAUACAGACCAUUGAUGACAGUAAAUAUGACAUGAACUUCAACCAGAACCCAGCUGUUGGCGAACAAGAACCCAUAAAUCUAACAGAGAAUUUUCAGAAUACUGACUAUAAGGAAAGCUUAAUGGAUCUGUCCCACCUUAAUAAAUGGGAGAGCAUGCCUACCACUGACAGAUCCUAUAAAUGUGAUACAUGUGGAAAAACCUUCCAUCAGGCCUCAGCUCUUACUAGACAUCAGAGAAUCCACACAAGAGAGAAACCCUACAAAUGUAAGGAAUGUGAGAAAUCUUUUAGUCAGAGCUCAAGUCUUAGUCGACAUAAAAGAAUACACACUAGAGAGAAAUCCUACAGAUGUGAAGCAUCUGAUAAAUCUUGUGAUGCCUCUGAUAAGUCUUGUAGCCAGAGCUCAGAUGUGCUUCAGCAUAAGAAGGUUCAUGCCAAAGCCAAGUCUUACAAGUGUGGGACCUGUGAAAGAGUCUUCAGCCGAAGUGUGCAUCUUACUCAGCAUCAGAGAACACAUAAGGACACGGCCUGUAAAUGCACUGUGUGUGGCAGUGACUUCUGCCACACCUCAUACUUAGUUGAACAUCAGAGACUACAUCAUCAAGAGAAGUCCUAUGAAUAUGAUGAAUGUGGGCUGGCCUAUGUUAAACAGCAAGGAAUUCGUUUCCGAGAAAAGCCCUACUCGUGUAAUGAAUGUGGGAAAGACUUUAGAUUGAAUUCCCAUCUUGUUCAGCAUCAAAGAAUUCACACAGGAGAAAAACUGCAUGAAUGUAAUGAGCGUGGGAAAGCUUUCAGCCAGACCUCCUGCCUUAGUCAGCAUCAUAAAAUGCACAGGAAAGAGAAAUCAUACGAAUACAACAAUUAUGAGGAAAGUUUCAGUCACAAUUCUGAUCUUACUCUGCAACAAGAAGUUCCCAUUAGAGAGAGAGUCUUUGAUUGUGAUGCAUGGGAAGAGAACUUCAGUCAGAGAGCGCACCUCAUCCCACAUGAAAGGGCGCAUACCAAAGAGAAACCUUAUGAAUGCAAUGAACUUGGGGAGACGUUUAGUCAAGUUCAGGCCUCAUUCAAUAUGUGAGAACUGAGACCAGGGGAAGUCACAUAUGUACUGAAUGUGAUAAUGUCUUCAGUCAUAGCUUAGCCCUUGGUCAGUAUCAGAGAAUUAAUACCAGAGAGAAACCCGCUGAAUGUGAUGAAUAUUGGGAAGUUUUUUUGGUGUUAAAUUCUUCAUUGGCUCCUGUAAAUCAGUGCUAGAAUAUAUAGACUAUGGUACAUUCUUCAGAUUAUUUUCAUACCUUAGUCACAGUUGGGGAAUUUGUACUGGAGUAAAAUUCCACUGUCAAAUGUGAAAAAGCCAUCAGUCAACUACCUUGUUGGUUCAGUGUCAAAUUUGUGCCAUGCAUAAAGCCUGUGAGGAUAUAGGUGUGUAUGUGAGGAAACUCAAGUCAUACCCCAGUGCUUGCUCACAUUGAAGAAUCUAAACCCUUGAACAGUCUAUACCCAAGAAGUCAUUUGGGUGUAGUAAAUGUGGCAUAUCUGUGAGCACGGGUCCAUCUAUUGUCAGAAUGUACCAGAUGUGAAUCUGGAUAUGAUGUAAAUGCUAAGAUCAGAACAUCUGCACCAGAUGAGACUGAUAGAAUGCAAACAGUGAAAUUUAACCACUGUAUUUUCAGGCCUUAUCCAGUAUCUCAAAGUAUUAGAAAAUGGUUACUGCUCUGUAUAAUUAUUCCUAUUUAGUCUCAGUCUUUUUACUGCAGAAUAACUGAACCCAGAAGAUAAUUGGUGAACGAAGUCAUUUUCUCACAGUAUCCUUUAAUAAGUAUUCUAAGUAGGUACGAGUAUUUUAUUUACAGGACUCCUUUGAGUGGAUUUAUUUUAAUUCGGCCUACAUACAUUAAAACACUUCUUUUCUUUGAAAUCGAUUCUUGUUCACAGUUUACGUAGGAUGCUGCUAAUGCGCUGUGCUCACUUAGCUUCUGGAGAGGAGCUCAAUGAGCCUUCUCUGUUCUUGGCCUGAGUGCUCUCCAAAGGAGACUCAGCCUAUUCUUUUCUGAGGACCCUACAUGUUACUGUUUCUGUAGCCACACCUUGGGCUUCCAGUUGAUUUCUGCAUUCUCCUUGGCAGCCUUAAAUGGUGUUCUGGUUGUUAGCUUCUCACCAGCUGAUAAAGACUUACUUCUACAUCAGCCAUCCAUAAGUUUUGGAGGAUUCAGUCUUCCUGAGUUUGUGGCAGGCACCCAAACACUUGCAAGUGAUGUCCAAUUUUUAGCUUGUUUGCAUCCACAGCCCUUUAAAUGAGAUGACAAGGACAUCAGGGAGCCAGUAAGACUUAUGUUGGCCUAGCUACAUUUCAUUCAGUGCCUACUUUGCAUGUAUGUGUAUGUUUAGAAUUCUUUUAUAUGCCUAUAUUGAAGGCCAACAAAAUGCUCAGGUCUGCUUUUGAUAGGGAAACAAAGAACACACAAAUCAGAAUAAGGAAAUAGAGCCUUCCAAUGAAGAUGUUGCUGUUAGUGAUGUAUCUAGACAGUAUUUCAAGAGCGUGGCAGGUCCGUUCCUGGUCAAACCUUAAUCAUUAGGAUUGCUUCUUUAUCUGUUCCCCCUCUACUCCCUUCAUCAAGCCAGGGUAGUAUUUUGAAGUGUAGACCUUUGUGCAUAAUUGUUUGUGCACUGCCAUACUUUUGUGUUGGGAUGCAGCCUUUGCCGCCCAGGCUGGCCUUGAAUUCCUGGGUUCACACAAAUUUCCUGCCUCCCAAGUAGCUGGGAUUAUAGGCAUGCGCUCCUGUGCCUGGAUUUUAUUUUUGUAUUUUAAUAGCAUCUGCAGGCCAUUUAAAGGAUCAUGUCUAUUUUGAUUUAUAGAAGUGAUCACAGGUGUUGAGUUCAGUGCCCUAUAUACUACAUAGAGUUCAUGAUUCUUUACAUGAUGUCAAAGCAUUUGUUUUCAUCUUAAAAUAACAUCUUGUGAAUAAGAAAAGUGUUAUUUAAAAUUCUAGUUGUCAAUCAAGCAGUUGAGGCUUUCAUAGUUCAGAUGUCAUAAUGUUCACUAGGGAUCCUCAACCAAUAUAUAAAAUAUGCUGCUCACUCUGUAAACCUUGUGGCUAACCUAGGAUAGGGAUAGUCCUACCACUGUAUUUUACUUCUUUGCCAUCAGCAAGCAUAGUGUCUCAUCAGGGCAAGAAAAUUAACAUAUAUCAAAUUGAUCUAAAUGUAAAAGCAAAUGAAAAAUGCAUGUUUUUCUGUCCCUGUCAAACAUGUAUACUCUUACUUUAUAGCGACCAAUAGUCACUUCUGGUGACUGAGGCAGAGGAUUUGAUUCAUCCCUAAGUAGCAGAAUCUGUAAAAAUCACAUGUAUGCAUUUGGGUUAGGAACGUGCUUUUGUAUUUCUACUUGAAUAAAGGUGUGUUCAGCGCUCUUAGACUCUUUGUUUUGAACCAAGUCUGUAGGCCCCAGGCAGAAGCUCUGGCACCUUGGAAUUCUUCACCGUGCCUGUCCCUAGCUCCUUUAUGAUACUCACAAGAGUGAUUCGUUCUCUAUUGAUGCCUAGCUUCCCUUUCCACAGACCUCUGCAGCCAGUUAGGUUGAGUAGUUUUGUAUUUUAGAUUUAAUUAAAAUGUUUAUGAAUGUUUGCCUGCAUGUGCAUGUGUGUCUGGCAUUCAUAGAAGACAGAAGAGGACAUCAGGUCCCCUGAAACUGGAGUUAGAGAGACAUUUGAGUGGGUUCUGAAAUCACUGCUGUUCUCUGCAAGAGCAGGCAGUGUUCUUAACUGCGGAACCAACUCUCAAGCCCCAGGAAUGAAUGUUGGUUCAGGUGGGAUGCUUUAGUACAUAAAAUAAAAUCAAACAAUGUGUGAUUUCAAUAACGCUCUAAGAAUGUUUUGGUAGGUAAAGUAAAUUUUAAAAAAGAAUGCCAAAAUCGUUUUUGAAGUAACUUGUCAGUUUAAGUAGAUACUUAGUUGGUGUAGUGACAGUAUGAGUUUGUAUUAAUUAAGCUUUUGGUCUUAGGGGAGGAAAAGAAGAAAUCUAUUAGCUGGACAGUUAGUUCAUUUGUCUUCAUUAACCUGUGUGCAUACUUUCACGUACACAUUCAAGCUUUCACCACAGUUCUGCAUGAGAGCUUGGCUUCGCAAAAGGCUAAAGGGUUUUAGAACAAGUUAAUGUCUGAUGAAAACUGAUUAAUGGCCGAUUCCCAGGUGACAGGGUUUUUGGAAGCUUUUCCUACGGUAUCAGUACUGUUAGCUUCAGCUGAUCAUACUGGCUUCCAGAGCUGAUGUCAGAGUUGGUUUGAUUUGGUUUGAGACCGGACAUCUCUGUAUAUAUCCCUGACUGUUCUGGAACCGGCUAUGUAGACCAGGCUGUAGUUCACCUGCCUCCUAAGUGUCACCACCACCCAGCAGAAGAGAGUAUCUUAAAGUAAUCCGUGGACUUAGGGUAACACUGAUGUAAUGAGUUAACAGGUCAAACCCUCAGAUUUUCUAUCUCCUGCCCAGAUAUCCCUGCCCCAUCAUUAGUUUCCCUGUUCAUUUCUCAGCAUUCUAAAUUAAUUCUUAGCUUUUUCUGUUAGCCAAACUAGCUGAUGGACAUAGAGCUCUUGACCUGAAGCAAAAUAAAUAACAGGAAGAAGCAAGCUUGAUUCCUGGGGCAUGUGAAAGAAAGACUUAAAAUGUAGGGAGCCCUGGAAGAGUGUUAGAAGAGGUAGAGUGUCCAGUGCUUAUGACCGUCUUGGUUAGUGUUCUAAUUUAGAGAAGAAAAUGUUUAACUGGAGGCUUGCUUACAAUUUCAGAGGAUAAGUUCAUGAUCAUCAUGGCCGGGAACAUGGCUGCCGGUAAGACCAGGCAUGUAACUGAGAGCUUAUAUCCUGAUCUUCAGGCAGGAGGCAGAGGAAUUGAGCUGAAAAUGUGCUUUUAAAGUCUCAAAACUCACUCCCUUCCCUCAGUGAGAUACCGCCAACAAGGCCUCAUUAGAAUCUUCCCUAAACUGUCUACAAUCAACCAAACAAUCAGAUAUGUGAGCCCUACGGGCCAUUCUCAUUCAAACCACCACACUGAAAACAGGAUUUUUUUUUUUUUUUUUUUUUUUUUUUUUUAAAGACAAGGUUUCACUUUACUGCCUUGGCUGGCCUGGAACUGUGAUAUGCCCACCCUUGUCUCCUAAGUGUUGGGAUUAAAGGCAAGGUUCUUUAUGUGUGAGUGAGUGAGUGCCUGCAUGAUGUCUGUGCGUCAUGUGCAUGCAAUGUUUGUGGAGGACUAGAUGGUGUUGGAGUUCCUAGAGUUACUAGUCAAUUGUGAAUUGCCAUGGUCCUGUGAAUUGAAUGUUCAUUUUUUAAAUAUUUUUUUUAUUCCUUGAAAAUUUCACACAUAUGAUGCUUUGACAACAUGACCAUUUUGUAAGCAAUACUAGGUUCUUGGGCCUAUGACCUCCCUUACUGUGAACAAGUUUGCAGUAGUAGGCAUAAAUUCACAUGAAGCAGCCUCAGAUCUAACCAGAAAGUGGCAAGAGUAUAGCAUUUUAAAGUGGGAAUAAGGGGAAUCUCGAGGGGAAGAAUCCUUACCCUAGAAAAUGGAUGUAAGCAGUUGAACACCCUGGGUCUCCAUACCAAGCUUCAUUAGGCAAAUGCUAUACUACUAAGCUACAUUUCCAUCCCCACCUAGGUCUAUGGUAGUUAAAAGGAGGCCCCAGUUAGUCACUUCAGCAAAGUAUGACACUGACACGUCUAAAAAUGUAGCUCCACCCAUCGGACUUACCUAGUUGUUAGGUGUGUGGUAUUGGUGCUAGCCAGAGUGACAAACUGAUCUAAAAUUAAUCCAUAGAUUUAAGAGGACUGCGUUAUUAAUGCAGUGCUUUGGAAGUAGACAUACUUAGGUUUUGCUCAACUCAAGUGUCACUUGAGGUUUUAUAUAACUUGCCUAUGCAAUAAAAGCAUAGUGAAAGGUGAAUGUAGGGGUUGGGGAUUUAGCUCAGUGGUAGAGCGCUUGCCUAGAAAGCGCAAGGCCCUGGGUUCGGUCCCCAGCUCCGG